UCACAUGUUAGACAAAUCGUUCAACAAUCGACCGAAUUGUCAAAAUGGUUUGAUGUGAAGUGUCAAAAUGUUGAGGUUAUGUGACCAUCCACAGUUUGAAACUCGCAUUUUUCACUGAAAUUGAAGUAAAAUUUAAAUCUAUAUUAAAAUGUCGAAACUUUUAACAAAUUUUUUCAAUCCGACCAAGUCACAGAUCCGUACAAAGAUUAUAAAGCACAGAGGAUUCAUACCGCGAACAGAUAAAGUACCAUUACAGGUGCCGGAGAAUUUAAAGCAAGUGCAAGCUGAACUAAAAGCCGCAAAAUUGCCUGAGAAUGAAUAUUUGAUGCAUGCUGAUUUCUUCAAUGUCCACAAUUUGUUUACCGUAACUGAUUUAUUCAAUGCACGAAUCCAUUAUGGGCACAGAGAAGGAACGCUAGACGAUCGAAUGAAACCGUAUAUAUUUGGAAAGCGAAUGGGUCAUAUCAUUUUCGAUUUGGAUAAGACCGCACUCUAUUUGCGAAAGGCUUUAAAUUUUGCUGCUCAUACUGCGUACCGCGAUGGUUUGAUUCUGUUCGUGGGCCGUAAUCCACAGUGUACAAAUUUGAUUGAGAACACCGCCAAAGAAUGUGAAGAAUUUGCUCAUGCUCGUAUGUGGCGCAAAGGAUUGUUCACAAAUUCCGUGAUGCAAUUCCGUGAAGUGACGCGUUUGCCCGAUUUGUGUAUCUUCUUGAACACAUUGAAUGAUGUGCUGUUGCCACAUGAUGGCAUCAAAGAGUCAGCCAAAAUGAUGAUUCCAACCAUUGGCGUUGUCGAUUCAAACUGCAAUCCAAGUUUAAUAACAUACCCAAUUCCUGGCAACGAUGACAGCCAAGUGUCUAUUGAAUUCUAUUGUAAUAUCUUCAAGCAAGCGAUUUUACGUGGGAAACAAAAGGCUAAAGAAGAUGCGGAAAAAAGGAAAAAGCCAGCAAAUAUCGCAUCAAGCCAGACGGCUGAAGAGAAUGUAGAAAAAAUUGCAGUGAAAUCGAGUCAGUAAAAUGAUUGUAUAUGUGUAAGAACAGUUUCCUUGUUUGAAAAGUAAAGUGACAACAAAAGUUCAA